AUGGCUUCGGCGCUUCUGCAAUUGGUUGUUGAGGAUGGCGUUCAUGCCAACUUUUCAACGAGCCAGACCAGGCUUUCGUGCCAAUGGGACAAGAUGGAGUCAUACCGGCAACUGAAGCAGAAGAGACUCUUAUUGAAGAGGUUGAAGGCCAAGUACUCGACCCCACCACAGCCGUGGAGCGGGAAGGCCGAGGCCAAUUACAGUAGUUGGAUAUUAGCAAACCGACGCGUCAAGAAUUUGACGCGUCUGAUAUGUCAUAUCACGUGCUUGACGUGUCUCGCAAGUAUUCCUGUGUCACUCGUUGUUGACUCGUUGUUUCAAAGGGCAUCUUUCGACGUUGACAUGAAUUCUUCUGGAAAGUCCCCGUUCUUGACUGGCGUUGGAAAGCUCCUCUCUGAAGGCCCAUUCGAGCUCCUCAUUUACAUCCAACUGUUCUUGGAUCCAGUCGACAUCCUUGCCUUGCGCUUCACAUGUAAACACCUUUCUGGCGCCACUAGGUCGCGUACUGUGUGGAUGAAUGCCGUUCGGAACGUCAGCAUCGCACAGGGCGUGUUUUUGCCCAGUUUUCCGGUGGAACAGAUGUCGCUUGAUGGACUGGAACAUGCAGCUCUCUCCCCUCGUCGAUUACGGGAUCUUGUUCAGAAGGCCGAAAAAAACACGCCCUUCCUCACUCGCCUGUUUACUCCCCAACUGCAUUGUGCUGACCUUGAGCCGAACUCGAUACUUACAGUCAACCUCGUGCCUGGUGGUAGAUUCCUCUUCACCUCAAACCGGAAGGGUGAGCUCCACCUUUGGGAUAUAGGCUACAAUGCUGGAGGAAAUAUGAAAACAUUCCCUGUUGCCACUUUGGGAGGCUCUGAAAGAUGGCGCAACCGCCGCGUUGACCAUACUAGACCCGCAUCAAACUCAGACUCUCUAUACCUCUUCACAAGUGAGCAGAGUGGUGUCCUCUCAGGUUAUCGGGAUGACAUACAACCAGUUCCAAAGAUUCUUUGGUUUGUUAUCAAAAUCGAGAUUCAGUCUUCACAGUCUGGAAGUACACGGCGCAAGGGCUUGGUGUCUGUUGGAUUUUUUGUCAAGAUGAUGAUCGAGGUGACUUUUAUGGGGUACUUCCGUUAUCCGUCCGAUUCCGAGUGCAAAUUCUCAUUCCAUUGCCUGUAG